AUGCUAGCUCACGCGAGCGACUCGGAGCGACGGCAGCUGGAGUCGUUUUACCCUGAACUACGGAGCGGCACGGACGACUUUGAUGAGGUCCCAAUGGACGGCGAUGAUUUGGCGACGAUCGACUUGGACGACCCUCCACUGUUCUUCCUCCACGUCGGUCGCGACUGGCUUGAAGCUGACGUCACCACGUCGACUAACAGCAUCGAUUUCGGCCUUAUAGGCUGUCAGCUCUCUUCCGCUGAUUUCGUCGGCUUGCGCGAGGUACCGCACGCGGCGGCCUCCGCAGAUCUCCCCUCCGCGGAUCUUCAUCUCCAACCGCCGACUUCCGCCGCCAAAUCCGCUUCCGCAGCAGCCGCCGCCGCCGCCGCCGCUUCGCGACGCCCGCGUGCCUUCUUAUCGUCGCUGCUCGUGCCCUCCGCUAAGCUCGCUGGCGGCGCAGCGACGCGCAAGUCCGCGUCGGGAUCCGCUGCUGCCGCCUUGGCUGGCGGAACGAACGGCGUGGCGCGCACGCGGCACAGCGUGCCGGAUGGGGGUGAACGGCACGGCGCGCGGGAUACAGGGCGCGCGCAGAAGACGGGGGAGGGUAAUGGCGUGGCUUUGAACGGCGGAAAAGGGGGUUUCGGUGAAAGGGAAGAGCAGAGUGGGGGGCGGCGGGGGACCUGGACUUGCGGAGAGAACCAGGGGAAGGCGGUAGGCGGAUGGUCGGAGCGGGGCCUGCGCACGUGGGAGAUACUGUGGAAGGACAGCCGGUGGGACGGGCCCAUGCGACGACUGACCUUCUCGUGCAACGCCAGCGGGUACAAGGCGAUAGAGAGCAAGAUAAGCGAGUGGGCAGCAGCAGCGCACAGCACGGCCAUCAUGAUCGACGCCAGCAAGGCCGCCAUCCGCGCCCGCUCCUCCUCCUCCGCCUCCGCCUCCUCCCUCUCCUCCUCCACUGCCCCUCACCGCCCCAGCACAGGCGGUACGGCAGUAGCAGCAGGGGCCGCAGGGACGAGCAGAGCACGAGCAGCAAACGGUGGAGUCAGCAGGGGAAGAGGCUUGGGUUUGAGGGGAAUGCUGCGGAGCCCGUCAGAUGGUGCAGUAUCAGAAAGGGGUGCAGUGGGGAUGCGCAUGGGGGCGUCACAAGAGGGGGUGGGGGGCGAGGCUGUGCCGAGUGGGGAGUCGACGGUGGGCGGGUGGGCUGUGUUCUACGGCUCCCUACCCGCCAACGACGUUGCUGCCAUUGCCAUGCCGCCACACGCCGAGCAACCACGGGAUGCAGCAGAGGAGCAGGCCCAGGGUAGGGCUCGCGAGCAGGAGGAGGAGAAGGUAGAGGAUGUGAGGAGGGGAGCUGAGGAGCAGCAAGCAGCAGCGGUGCAGGGUGUGGGGAGUGAGAGGGGCGAGAGGCCAUGUGGUGCUGGGGAACUGUUGGUGGAAGGAGGCUGUGCACGCAUGCCAGGAGGAGGGGGUGAGGAGCCGACCGUGUGUGAGGGAGAGAAGGCGGCGAAAGAGGUGGACUCGGGUGCGGUGCAAGAGAAUGGCAUGUCGGAGGAGGGGUUGAGGGGCAUUGAACCGGCAAAGGGGGGCAGCAGUUCUGGUGAGGAGAGAGAGGGGGGCAAUGGGGAGGAGGUAGUGGCGAAGGAAGAGGAGGUCCGGGAGGUGGCAGAAGAAGGGGGGGAGGAGGAGAAGGACGAAGUGGAGGAAGAGGAGGAGGAUGAGGAGUGCAGUGUGAUUCGGUGGGGUUCAGUGGCGGUGGAGGGCCGGUUCCUCCCCUCUCGGGAUGCUCCGUCGCAGCUCUUAUCCGAUGGCAACUGCAAAGCGGUCAGUGCCUCUUCAUGCCUCGUAGCCUUCUCUCCCACCCUCCUCCUUCACAACGACUUCAACCAGAGGACCAGUCUGUCCAUGUCACGCCGCCCAACCCAGCCUUUGCCUGUUCUCUGCCUGCUUCCAAAAACGUGCUUCAGCAUGUGCAUUGGUGCUUCUACAUCUCCCUCUCACUGCGCACCCCAAUCCCCACAGCUGGCAGUGGCACUGCCUGCUCGCCUGCGCACGGCCCGGUGGACGCUGCUGUACAGCACUGCCAGGGACGGCAUCAGUCUGGCCACGCUGUACCGCAAAGUGGCGAAGAAGGGGCCUUCGCUGCUCAUUGUGCGCGAUUCUCGCAAGCAUGUGUUUGGCUGCUUUACAUCAGAGGAAUGGAAGGCCUCUACCCGUUAUUAUGGCAAUGGGGAGUGCUUUGCCUUCCAGGUGCGGCCUCGGCUGAUGGCUUUCCGGUGGACACGGGUGAACGCACUGUUCAUGCUGUCCAGCGCCAACUCCCUCGCUCUCGGUGGCGGGUGA